UCCAGGCCAGAUCUCUUGAGCAAAUAUAUACCCAGUGGAAAAAACUUAAUAUUUCUUCGGUAAUUCGUUCAUUUCGCUACGUUUAAUCGGAAGAUCGCAAUCUGUUAUCCCUAAUGCAUAUGAAAUGUAAUCUAUUGUACGUCCAAUUUGAUCAGAGAGAGGGAAAUAGGCGAAUUUUCGAAAUUGGGAUUUCUGAUGCAGAUUGAGCUGAACUGAAUUGAACUGAGGGGAUAAAACGGUCACUGGAGAUGUCAGGCGGCGCGCAGGGAGACCUUGUGGCGCGGGCAUUCGAUUCGAUGCUCAGAGAAUGUUCUAACAAUAAAUACAAUGCUCUUCAAUCCGCCAUUCAGACGUAUUUGGACAGUGGAAAGGAUUUCAAUCAGCAGUCAAAUAUUGGUGAGACUAAGCAAGAUUCAGCUGCAGCUCCAAAGCAAAGGUGUUCUAGCGACAGUGAGAUUUAGUGGCUCAUUUGAACCUGACUCUGGAGUUGAAAGAAAUGAGGGAGCUGAAUCGGCUGCUAAUGUCGAACCCACAAGCAGCAGUAGGUCAACCACAGCAAUGUCUGAUGUUGCUGGUCAUAUGCAAGGACAAGCAUAUGCUGAUCUUCUUCUGGAUCCCCUUAAGCUUGCCUUUGAAACGAAGAAUACUAAAUUGGUGGAACUUGCAUUGGAUUGCUUUCAUAAACUAGUUGUGUUCAAUCAUCUAGAAGGUGAUCCUGGUCUUGAUGGUGAUAAUAAUUCAAAAUUAUUGUGUGACAUCCUCAACAUGGUUUGCGGCUGUGUAGAUGAUUCGACACCUGACAACGUCACUCUUCAAGUAAUGAAAGUGCUUCUUAGUGCUAUAGCAUCCACGAAGGUUCGAGUCCAUGGUUGGCCGUUGCUGGGAGUCAUCAAAGUUUGCUUUAAUAUUGCUAUUACUAGCAAGAGUCCUAUAAACGAAGCAACAGCGAGGGCAUCACUGACACAAAUGCUCAGCAUAAUUUUUAGACAAAUGGAAAAUGAUGUGGUAUCUCCGGAAUCUCUUAAAACCAAUGAUGCUCAAAUGGAGGACUCAGAAGUGUCGCUUAGUGAUCAUGAUGAUCCAAAAUUGACUUCAAAUAACAUUAUAUCCAUGAAACAAUUAGAUAGUACAUCCAUUGCGUCUGGAGAAGAAAUUCUGAGUCUUGUUGGUGGCACUGACAUAAAGGGUCUAGAGGCUGUCCUGCAGAAGGUUGUGGAUCUUGAAGAUGAUAGUAAACUUGAAAGAGGAACGGGUCAAAAGAGCAUGACUGUUGCACAAAAUGAUGCUUUACUUCUUUUCCGUACUCUCUGUAAGAUGGCUAUGAAGGAGGGUAAUGAUGAAGUUACUACCAAGAAUCGUAUUCUCUCUCUUGAACUUUUACAGGGUAUAUUGGGUGAUUGUGGUGUUUCAAUUACAAAGAAUUCUCAGUUUAUUGAUUCAUUAAGAGGUCACCUUUCAUUUGCAUUAUUGCGGGCAUCGGUUUCCCAAUCUCCUGUCUUAUUUCAGAAUGCAGUGGGGAUUUUCGCAGUUAUUUUGUUGCAAUUUAGGGAAAGUCUCAAGGCUGAAAUUGGAGUUUUCUUUCCCAUAAUUGUUCUAAAAGUUUUGGAUGGCUCAGAUCUUAACCAAAAGCUAGUUGUACUGCGGACCAUGGAGAAAAUAUGCAAGGAUCCGCAGAUGCUUGUUGAACUCUUUGUAAAUUACGAUUGCGACAAUGUAGCACCAAACCUAUUUGAAAAGAUGGUAGCCAAUUUAUCCAAAAUUGCUCAAGGUACUCAAAAUGUGGAUCCAAAGUUAUCUACCGCAUCCCAGACAGUAUUGAUUAAAACUUCAUCUCUUCAGGGUCUUGUGAAUAUUCUCAAAUCUCUAGUAAUUUGGGAGAAAGGGCACAGAAAAUCUGAUGAUCAGAAUGAGGACAACAAAUCAAAUGAAGGUUUGGCUAGAAGAUUGGAUGGAUCAAAAGGUACAGAAGAAUCACUUAGCAAUUUUGAGGGUUUAAGGGUUUAUAAGUCCACUGUUGAAGCUUCUGUCUCUGAGUUCAAUAAACAACCAGCGAAGGGCAUAGAGCACUUAAUAUCCAGUCAGGUAGUGGAGAGGAAUCCAGCUUCAGUUGUCCAGUUUCUUCGGCAUACUCCUGAUUUAGACAAGGCUAUGAUUGGGGACUACUUAGGUCAGGAUGAGGAAUUCCCUAAUUCUGUUCUGCAUGCUUAUGUGGAAUCUAUCAACUUUUCUGGAAUGAAACUUGACGUUGCAAUACAUGAAUUCCUAAAAGGUUUUGAACUUCCAGGUGAAGCACACAUGAUUGAUAGGAUAAUGGAGACAUUUGCAGCACGCUACUGUGCCGACAAUCCUGGUCCAUUCAAGACUGCAGACACAGCAUAUGUGCUUGCUUAUGCAAUUAUUUUGCUUCAAGCUGACGCUCACUAUUUAACGGGGUGGCCAAAACUGUCCAGAAGUGAUUUUAUACACAUGAAUGCCAGUAGUGCUGAAGAACCUGCUCCUCAAGCACUAUUGGAGGAUAUAUAUGAUAACAUUGUUAAAGAAGAAUUAGUAAUGAAAGAUUAUUCAGUCGACUGUUUGAAAAACAGUAAGCAUAAAUUAGAACUAAAUGGGAGACGCGGCCUUCUCAGUGUUCUCAAUCUGGCCUUUCCUAGAAGGAUUUCCUCAGCGGACGCCAAGCCCGAGAAGGAGGCGGUUCUUAAUCAGAUACAGGCUGUAAUUAAGGACCAAGGCGACAAAAAGGGGGUCUUCUACACAUCAGACAGAAUUGAGAUUUUACAUCCAAUGGUUGAAGUUGUAGGAUGGCCAUUACUAGCUACCUUUUCUGUCGUCAUGGGCGAACCAGACAACUCAAUGAGGAUUAGUAUUUGUAUGGAAGGAUUCAAAGAAGGUAUACUUAUAACAUACGUCCUUGGGAUGGACACCAUUCGCUAUGCAUUUUUGACGUUGUUACUGAGGUAUAAUUUCUUACAUGCUCCUAGAGAUAUGCGUGGAAAAAAUAUAGAAGCUCUACGGACCCUUCUUGAUCUGUGUGAUACCCAUAUGUAUGCCCUUCAAGACUCUUGGUUAGCCAUUCUCGAAUGUGUUUCACGUCUUGAAUAUGUCAUUUCAUGGCCUGCUAUGACUGCGACUAUCGUGCAAGGAGAAAAUCAAAACUCUAGAGAUGCUAUUCUUCAAUCUCUGAGAGAGCUCUCAGGAAAAGCAGUGGAACAAGUGUUCUCGAAUAGCGUCAAACUGCCCAGUGAAUCAGUGGUUGAGUUUUUUACCACUUUGUGUAAUAUAUCAGCCGAGGAAUUAAAACAGUCACCAGCUCGUACUUUUAGCUUGCAGAAGAUUGUUGAAAUUAGCUAUUCCAAUAUGACUCGCAUACACGUGGUUUGGGCUAGAAUAUGGUCCAUCUUGGCACAACAUUUCAUCUUUGCCGGGAGUCAUGCUGAUGAAAAAGUUGCAAUAUAUGCAAUAGAUUCUCUACAACGACUCGGAAUGAAAUAUUUGGAGCAUCCUGAGCUUGCGCACUUCACUUUCCAGAAAGGAAUUCUAAAACCAUUCGUUGUGCUCUUGCAAAGCAGCAAAAGUGAAUCCAUAAGAAGGCUCAUAUUAAAUGGCAUCGUUCAAAUCAUAAGAUCUAAAGCUGGAAUUUUGAAGUCCGGAUGGCAUAGCAUUUUCAUGAUUUUUACUAUUGCUGCCAACGAUGGCCUGGAACCCAUAAUCGAAAGUGCAUUCGAGAAUGUCGAACAAGUUAUACUGGAGCACUUCGAUCAGGUUAUUGUCGAAUGUUUCAUGGAUUUCCUGAACUGCCUGAUUGGAUUUGCCAACAAUAAGAGUUCUGUCGAAGUCAGCUUGAAGGCUAUUGCUCUCCUCCGUAUAUCUGAGAAUCGUCUUUCAGAGGGCCUUGUACCCGUCGGUUCUCUGAAAUCCGUAGAAGGCUCAGUUGACAAAACCUCCAAAUUGGCCGAGCAUUAUUGGUUCCCCAUGCUGAUCCGUCUUUCUAAGCUCGUAUCUGAUCCAAGAUCAGAGGUCAGUAAUGGUGCACUCGAGGUUUUAUUCGAUUUGCUGAACGAGAGAGGAAGCAAAUUCUCAUCAUCAUUUUGGGAGAAUGUUUUCCAAGAAAUCCUUUUCCCAAUUUUCGACCAUGUGAGACAUGCUGGAAAAGAGAAUCUUAUAUCUUCCGAGGAAGAGUGGCUUCGUGAAAGUACUAUUCACGCUCUUCAGUUGCUGUGCGACCUUUUCAACAGUUUUUACAAGGACGUGUGUUUUAUGCUGCCCCAACUGCUCAGUUUACUGUUAGAUUGUGCAAAAAAACCCGAUCAAUCUGUGGUGUCCAUGGCUUUGGGUGCAUUGGUUCAUCUGAUUGAAGUUGGAGGGUACCAGUUCACCUCCGACCACUGGGUUACUUUGUUGAGAUGUUUGAAAGAUGCUGUAUAUACAUCUCAACCACGAGAACUCCACGAUUUGAGUUUCGAGAAUGGGAAGCAUCGCAAAGUAUCGGGAGACUUGGGCAGUGGUACCCCUGUAUCUGGAGACAUAUUGUCUAACAAUCAUGAUGCUAUCCACACUAACGGUGCGGUGGGGACAGCUAACGGUGAUGAGAAUGUACUUAAACAAAAUCAAGAAACGAUGCAUGCGGUAGAUAUGGAGGGAUCUCAAGGCUUGCUAUCACAAUCUGCUAGAGCUACGGAAACUGAUGGUGGAUCCCUUCAGCAUAGCCAAACAUUUGGGCAAAAGAUUAUGGGGAAUAUGAGGGACAACCUGUUUAUGAGAAGUUUUACGUCGACACCAAAGAACUUUUCAUUGGAUGCAGAGCUGGCAUCUUCUCCAUCCAAGUUUCCUGAUGCAAACAAGGAAGCUAAUGCCAAAGACAUGGAGGAAAGUCUGAUUUUGGGAACCAUUAGGAGUAAAUGUGUGACGCAGCUGUUACUUCUAGGUUCUAUUGAUAGUAUUCAGAAGAACUACUGGAACAAGCUGAGUGCAGAUGCAAAAAUCAUGAUAAUGGAGAUCUUGUUCUCGAUCCUUGAGUUUUCCGCUACCUACAACUCAUAUACCAAUCUCAGAUUGCGAAUGCAACAGAUUCCUACGGAAAGGCCUCCGUUAAAUCUUCUCCGCCAAGAGUUGGCUGCAACUUGCAUCUAUCUGCAUAUCCUGCAAAAGACAAUAGCAGCAGUCGAAGUUGAAGACGAACAAGCGGCCAAAGAAGAGAAGCCUGAAGGCAUAGCUGAAGAAAAGCUGGUCUCUUUCUGCAAACAGGUAUUAAGAGAAGCAUCCGAUUUUCAACCUAGCACGGAAGAGACGGCAAAUACGGAAAUCCAUCAAAUUCUAGAACUGCGUGCUCCUAUAAUCGCGAAGGUAGUGAAAGCUAUGACUGUGAUGAACCCCCAGAUGUUCAAGGAUCACCUCAGAGAUUUCUAUCCUUACAUUACGAAACUCGUAUGCUCUGAACAGAUGGAGGUUCGCAGUGCGGUUGCAGAUCUUUUUAACACGCAACUCAGCAUGAUGUUGCUGGUCGGAGAGCAAUUGUAAAUUCAAAUG